GCGCUUCUGGGCCCUGUUCGACGCGUCGGAGGGGGUCUGGCACGAGCGCCUGGUGCUGCGGCGCACCGUCGGAGGUCACGUGGGGCUCACGCCCGACGGCGACGUUUACGAGGAGCUGCUGGAGGACUACGAGGCUGCUCUGCCUAGUGGUGUGGCUGGCGGCAUCCCGAGCCGGCUCUACGGGCCGAAGAUCUUCCGCUACGCCUUCCGCCCGGGGGACAUCGCUCACGGCAGCGCCUUUCGGCGGAGAGCCGAGGCCUACCUGGCUGGCUGGGCUGGCGCGCCUCCGGCGGCCGAGGGAGGAGGGCGGGUGCCCGCGCCCCUUGCUGACGCUGGCGCGAUGUCUGCCCCCGCGCCUGGCUCGCUGGUGCCAGCCGCCGACGUCGACCCGGGCUUCUAUGACCCCGGCGCGCUGGUGGCUCACGCCUGCCUCGUGGGCUCCGAGUGGUUUGUCGGCGAGAACCAGGGUCCCCGCCGACGCGGGGAGAGCAUCACCAUCCGCCCUUCGGACCUCGCAUUCGGCGUCGCGGGCCAGGCCCUGCUGUGCCGGGAGGGAGUCUGGUACCGCCUCUGCCGCGACCCGCCGACGCCGUUGCCAGCUGGCGAGGGCGAGGCGGCCGCGGCGGAGGACCUCCGCACACUGGCUGUCGAGUACAACGUGCGCGGCGAGCGCACGCGCAGCUUCGAGUCAGCUCGUCACAUGCUGCGCGAGGAGGUCCUGGACGACGCCUGGCCCGUGGAGGGCCCGCGCACGGUGCAGUGGCUCAUCGAGGCCUUUGCCCACAGCGGCAUGGCCCCCGUGCCUCGCCAUCACUGGUGGAGGCAGGCGCUGGGGGCGACAACGUCGGACCCGGGGAUCGACGAGCACCUCUUCCUCUCGGAGUGCAUCCAGCAUGGGCUGCAGUAUGACCAGCUCAACAUCUGCAACUUGGCCUGCUUCGAGAGCAUGGCCCGCCGCUACCAGCUCUGGGAGGAGCGGUACCAGGAGCGGAUCCGCGCCUCCACGGAGGGCUCGGUGGCGGCGGGCCUCGCGGCCGAGAGGCACCUGUUCCUCGGCGGCGACCGCGCCAAGGGCUACGCCCUCAUCUCGCCCGAGCUGGAGCGCUGGGUGGCGAAGCGCAUGGAGGAGCAGGCCGCCGUGCUCAAGGAGCGCCGCAAGGGCCGUGAGGAACGGGCUCUGGCGGCGGCGGCCACAGGCGGCGGCGGCGGCGGCGGCGGAGCUGGCCAGCCGCUCGGCGCCGACCCCAAGAAGAAGCUCAAGGACAACAAGAAGGGCAAGGACUGGCAGACUGGCACCCCGGGCGCUGGUCUUGCGGCAGAUCCCAGGGACCUGCUGCUGCUGCCAGCGCCCACCUCGCCUGUGCUGCGUCAAGGGGAUGCGCUGGGCUUGGAGUGGUUCUCGGCUGGUCUGCAGACCCUCAAUGAGAUGGGAGGGCGCGGUGCUGUUCGACGGACUGGAGCAGCCUCUGGUCCUCAGACUGACGCGCUGGAGCGGCUUCGCAGCUCCUAUGCCACCGUGCCCAGCUGCCCGUCGGACCUGACCGCCGACUCGGCCACGCGCGCCGUGAUCGGCUCCGAUCCUGGCUAUGGCUUCGAUGACAUGGCCAGCGGGAAGUACGCCUCCUACCAGCGCGGGAAGGUCUCUCUUCCGCGCGUGGCCUCUGGCGCGGUGGAGCUAGCUGCUGCACUGCCGGAGGGUCCACGUUCUCUGCUGAUGGGUGAGUCUGGCACUUUGCUGAUGAGAGGCUCCACAUCUUCUUCUUCGUUGGCGAAAUUGGCUUUUGACCGAAGGCUGGCAAGCAAUCCUCGCACUUAUGGGAAGUUUUUGGCUGACCUCCUCGAGCGUGACAUGCUCGAGGUGGGCACUUCGUUUUCACAGGUGGCGCCCUUCUUCGUCUACAAGAAGGAUGGGACCCUCAGGCUGAUCUUCGACACAAGGGCCUCCAACACCGAGUUCGCGGAGCCCGACUACGUCCCCUUGGCUGCGGCGCAGGCCCUCGGCAACAUCGAGCUGCAGGCGGGGGGGCGCCUCUUCGUCGCGCAGGGCGACGUCACGUGCUGCUUCUACCAGUUCUUGCUGCCAGUGCACCUGCGUGAGGCCUUUGGCCUACCGCCUGUGCCCUGGGCCGCACUGCCGCUUGCCGCUCGUCGGCUCGUUGGGGCGCCACCGCCGGACGGCUUGGUGCGCCUGCGCCUGAGAGUGGUGCCGAUGGGCUGGUCAUGGGCGGUCUACUUCAUACAGCAUGCCAUGAUGGAGAUCCUUCGCCCCUGUGCCCCGGCGGACCGCUGGUUGGCCCAGUGCGUGCCUCGCGAGCCCGUCUGCCCUGGCUCGGGGGCCUCGCUCAUCUACAUCGACAACUUCGCGGCCCUUGGCACGAGCCCCACGGAGGCGAACGCUCGCCUGGAGCAGAUGCUGGGCGCCGUGGCGGCCGCUGGAGUGGGCGCCGCGCCAGAGCCUGCUGGCGCCCCGCUGCUCGGGUUCGAGCUGGGCCCGACGGGCACGCAGUGGCGGCCUACGGCGAGGAAGUUUUGGAAGGUCGCGCUGGCCCUCCGCACGCUGGGCUGGGGCCGUCAGCGCCGCACAGGGCGCCAGAUUGCCCGGGCCGUCGGCCACGCCUCGGCCAUCAUGCUGCUGCGGCCAGAGAUGCUGUCCAUCUUUUCGGCCGUGUACGUCUUCGCCGACCGCUACUUCGGGCAGCCGGCGCGCGUGUGGGCCUCAGUUCGGCGCGAGCUUCGAGCUGCCUGGGCGCUGCUGCCGCUCGCCGUCGCCGACAUGAGCCUACCCUGGUCGCCCGCCGUCGCCUCGGUCGACGCCUCGCUGCAUGGCUUUGAGGCCUGGCCCCCCGCUGAGGUGGGUCGCGUCGGCCGCGCCUCAGAGCGGGGACGGUGCCGUGGGGCGCUGCGCACCUCCCGCCGCCCGCGCUGCCUGGUCGAGGGUGAGGAGGCUGAGCCCUCGCUGAGCGACAUUGUCGACGCCUCGCCCGAGCAGCUGCGUGCGCUGGGGCUGCGCUCCGCCUUCGAGGAGGUGCCGUCGGCCCUGGCGCGCGGGGGCGACUGGGGCGUGGUGGCUGCGCGCCGCUGGAGGCGCAAGGACAAGAUCCUCGCGCUCGAGGCGGAGGCAGCCUUGUGGCAGGUUCGGCGGCUGGCCCGCAGCCGCCUGAGCGCCCAGAAGCGGCGCUUAGUUUUGUCGGACUCUAUGGCCUGGGUCCUCACCUCGUGCAAGGGGCGGAGCUCGUCGUGGUACCUGCUGCGGAGGCGCGGCUUCACGGGCCAGCGGGCGCUGCUGGGCUUCGCGAGCAGCUCGCGGCGGGGCGCUCCAAGCGGCGGGCCUUUGCGGGGCCCUUCGCCGCGGGGCUCCCUGGGCCCGAGCCCGCUGCUCUGCAGGGUGCUGGUGCCAGCGGCGAACCUGAGUCCGAGCCGGGCCCCGCCUGCCCCGAGUCGGGUGCUGCGCCCUCUGGUGGCGCCGGAGACGGGGGGCGGCGUGGCUCUCGGGAGGCCGCGGCCGGAGGGCAUUGCUCUGCCUCGCCGCCACGCCUGCCCUGCCAGCCCGCCCCCUCUGCAGCCUGCGCCGGCCUCGGGCCGGCUGCCCUGCCGCGCGCUGGCUGCUGUUGGCCCCCUGGGCUUGGCCCGCCAACCUGCGCCGGGUCGCCUGGUCCCCUAUCGCGGGGAGUCUGGCUCGGCGCGCCGGCUGCGCCGCGAGACGGCGCGGCGGCGCCCGGGCUCAUCGCUGCACUCGGCCGCCCGCAGUGCGGAGGAGGCGGAGGAGCUGGGGUUCCACAUCAGCUCCCUGGCUGCCGUGGCCGUGACGACGGCAACGCAGAGCAACUACCUGAACGCCCUGCGCAAGCUGCUGGCGUGGCUGCACGUGCCCAGAGCCCCUCAGCGCCUCCCCGCAAGCGAGUGGGACCUGUUGCUGGAGCAGUACGUGGAGUUCCUGCACGACCGCGGGCUGCCCGAGGGGGAUGCCUCCAGCACGCUGGCCGCAGUGCGCUGGGCGCUGCCCGAGCUGCCGCGUCCGCUGCGCCGGGGCUUGCCGCUGGCGACUGCUGCGGUCACUGGAUGGCGCCGGCUCGAGAAGCCGCUGUCGCGCCCACCAGUCCCUCGGUCGCUGGCUGUGCUGAUGGCCCUGCGACUCUGCUCCGACGGCAAGGCGGACUACGCUCUGUUCCUGCUGUUGACGUUCGAGACGUACAUGCGGCCGAGCGAGGCGCUCAGCCUCGUCGGCCUACAGCUGGUGCCGCCCGUGCCGAACGAGAGGGGGGCCUGCCAGUUCUGGACCAUCCUGAUCCGCGCGAGCGAGCUAGACGUGCUUGGCAAGACCGGCGAGUUCGACACCAGCGUCGCCCUGGACCUGCCGCGCCACCGCCUGCUGGAGUCGGCGCUGCGCCUUCUGAAGGCCAACAGGGGGGAGCGGGAGCGGCUCUUCUUGUUCCACUACACCGACUUCCUCCUGGCCUGGAACAGCUGCCUCCUCGGCUUGGGCCUGGCGCAGCUGAAGGUGACGCCGUAUGCUACCAUGCUGAAGCACAGCGUCUUCGUUGACCUCUUUGCUGGCACUGCGCCGGUGAGCAAAUACCUUCGCCGCAAGGGCUACGCCUGCAUAGCCUUCGACAAGCUGCAAGGGCCGCAGUUCGACCUCGGCCGGCGCGAGGUGGUGCUCACCAUCGCCGGCUGGCUUCGUGCGGGCCUGGUGUGGGCCCUCUGGUUUGCGACUCCGUGUAUCACCACCACUCGUGCCCGCACGGACAGAUCAGGUCGCAUGCCUCCGCCGCUGAGAUCGUCUGAGCAUUACCGUGGCUUGCCUGACCUGUCUGCUAGCCACCGCGCACAGGUGCGCGAGGCCAAUAGUCUCAUUGACUCUGGAGGCCGCCUCCAGCAGCUCGCCUGGGACUUGGGCAUCUGCUGCGGCGAGGAGAACCCACAGACCUCCAUCCUCUGGUGUUUUCCUUCUCGGCGCCGAGCUCUCGCUCGCGGCUCCGUGGUCGAUGUGGAUUUCUGUGCUGCUGGAGGGCCCAUGCGCAAGAGAACCAAGCUAGUCUUUCAGCACUGUGGCACGGUCGAAGCCCCGCACCUGCGCUGCCAUGGCGGGGCGGCGGGCGCCGGCAGUGCCCCUGCGGUGGGGCCGCCGUCCGUGGCCGCGCAGAUGGGCUGCUGCUCCUGCGGCGACCUGCUGGCUGCCCUCGGCUCGGCUGGGAUGGAGCGAUCCCACGACCUGGCCCAGCCUGUAGGCAAGCACCUGGCUCGGCCGGGUGCGAAGCUCCAGGCCUGGAGCGUCUCCCCGCGCAGGGGGGACGUCACAUUCCAGGACCUGGAGGUCAUGCUCGCGUCAGACCUCGACAGCCCCGUGGAGCCGAACCUCCUUGCCGACGACUGCGAGGACGGCGAGGCGAUAUUCGAGCUGCGGUGUGGCUCCUGCGGCUCCAUCGUGUGCAGCCGCGGCAUGAAGGUGCAGCUCGUAGCCGACAAGAGCGUGCGGCUCUACUCCACGGACUUCCGCCCCCUGGGCGUCGUGGAGGUGUCCGCGCCGCGCGCCCACGAGCUGUGCCAGUGCCAGGUCCGGGGCUUUCGCUGCCGUUGCGGCGCCGCGCUGGGCUACCACGUGCUGCGGCCGUGCGAAUGCUGCAGCGAGGAGGAACAUAAUAACCACUUCUGGAUAUCCCGAGCGACGCUCGAUGCUGUUCCACGAGCGGACUCGAGGGGAAGGCCGCUGACUUGGCGUGAUCCCCGCGACGACGACGAGGCCAGCGACGCCGCUGCCGCGCGACAAGCCAGCGCAUCGGGCAGCGAGGGCGGUGGCGCUCGAGCGGGGGGCCUGGGCAGCGUGGCCGCGCAGAGGCGAGACGGCGACCUGACGUGCCCCAUAUGUUGCGACGCCGCGGUGCGGCCGGUGGCGCCACCCUGCGGCCACGCUGGCUGCGAGCGCUGCCUCACGCGCGCUUUCGAUCUGCAGCGCGCCUGCCCCGUGUGCCGGCGCCCGGGCACCUGCGACGAGCUGCGGCUGGUGGCGCCGCGGCCCCCGCUGGCGGAUUUCGAGCAGCGGAGCCGCCGCCCAGCCGCCGCUCCCGCGCAGCCGCGGGGCUGGCCCCGCCUGCCGAGCUAG